UUUUUUUUUUCUUUUCUUUUUUCCUUUUCCUUUUCCUUUUCUAUUUAAAUGGAUAACAAGAAAAGGGCACAUCAUAUUUCAGCUCCUAUUUCACCUAAUAAUAAUAAUUAUCAUCAUUUAGUAGACGAUUUGACAGCUGACUGUACAGCUUAUCCUCCUCCUCCAGCCUAUCAGCCAUCUUCAUUUCAGAAUUGUACUGAUAAAAGUAUACGUCAAAAUCAAUCAUGUGGUUUUUACUAUCAUUCAACUCCACCUCCACAAACUGUCAUCAUUUAUAGACAACCUGCUCGAUCAAAAGAUGCUUGUUGUUGGGGAUGUUUAGCAGCUUUAUGUCUUUGUUUCGGUGCAAAAGAAUGUUGCUCGUAGUUGUAUUUUUUUUUCUAAAAAAAGAAAAUACAUAGAUGCAUGUAUUUAAAUAUACCCUCUUCGUCUUCUUCUUCCUUAUCCUAUAUAUUUGUAGCACAAUCUCACACGUGGAAGUAGUAGUAAAUAAUAAUAAUAAAAAAUAUACAUGUAUUUAUAUAUUAUACACAUAUAAAAAUAUACAAAUUUUAUUAUUUCUUGGACUGUUGUU